AGCCACUCCAAAGCUAACUCGCAUUGACCAGGCCAGAAAUAUACGUACGAUGUCCUCAUGCUAGAUGCAGAUGCAGCCAAAACGGACGGUUCUCGACAUGUCAUUCUUCCAGAAGUGAUCGCCCUUCUGCGGGUUUACCGGUGGGUUUACUCUAUGGCCUUCUAUUAUUGUGUUCUUUUCUUCGCUGUUCCUAUUAUGGUAUUCCCGGUGACUUUUUAUGGGCUGGAAAGUAACUCCACUGAGAUGCGGAGGAGAGCUCUGCUCGUGUGGCGUAACGGUGAGGAUGCUUUUCCAUAUGAUGUUUGGAUAGUUUAGUUGGAUGUUUUAGUUGGAUGUCUUCCAUUCUGGGGUUGAUCGGUGGUGUUCUUUCCAUUCGGUGCUAUGUUAUCUUGAUUCUUUUCUUCGUUGAUUCUAAGCUAACAUGAUAUAGUCAAGCCAAACAGAAGAAUGCCAACAUAC